UCCGUCCGUCCGGGCCGCCCGGGCCCCGCGCCCGCGCCCUGCCGCCGGGCCUGCCGCCCGCUUCGCGUCUCGCCCAGCGAGCUCCGCCGCCGCCGGCUUCCUCUCCCGCCGGCCAGCCCCGCCCUCCGCGCCCGCGCCCCGCCGCGGCCGUCAUGGAGGGGAACCGGGACGAGGCGGAGCGGUGCGUGCGCAUCGCGCGCGAGGCCCUGGGCGCCGGCGACCGCGGCAAGGCCCAGCGCUUCCUGCAGAAGGCCGAGCGGCUGUACCCGCUGCCCGCCGCGCGUGCACUGUUGGAAGUGAUUAUGAAAAAUGGAAGCACUGCUGGAAGCAGCCCGCACUGCCGGAAGCCCGCGGGGGGCGGGGAGCAGAGCAAGGCCAGCGGCGCCAAGGACGGCGCGUCUGGGGCCACGGAGAGCGGGAAGGGCUACACCCGCGACCAGGUGGAGGGCGUUCUCAGCAUAAACAAAUGUAAAAAUUACUAUGAAGUACUUGGAGUUACGAAAGAUGCAGGUGAUGAAGAUUUGAAAAAAGCUUACAGAAAACUUGCUUUGAAGUUUCAUCCAGACAAAAACCUCGCACCUGGAGCAACAGAUGCAUUUAAAAAGAUCGGAAAUGCUUAUGCUGUUCUAAGUAAUCCCGAGAAACGAAAGCAGUAUGACCUCACCGGCAGUGAAGAGCAGGCUUGCACUAAGCCCAGCAAUGGCAGGUUCAGCUUCCACAGAGGCUGUGAGGCAGACAUAACCCCCGAAGACCUGUUCAACAUAUUUUUUGGUGGUGGAUUUCCUUCAGGUAGUGUACAUUCAUUUUCAAAUGGCCGAGCUGGUUAUAGCAAUCAACAUCAGCAUCGACACAGUGGACAUGAAAGAGAAGAAGAAAGAGGAGAUGGAGGUUUUUCUGUGUUUAUCCAGCUGAUGCCCAUAAUUGUAUUGAUCCUGGUGUCAUUGUUAAGCCACUUGAUGGUCUCUAAUCCUCCUUAUUCUUUAUAUCCCAGAUCUGGAACAGGGCAAACUAUUAAAAUGCAAACAGAAAACUUGGGAGUGGUUUAUUAUGUCAACAAGGACUUUAAAAAUGAGUACAAAGGAAUGUUACUACAAAAGGUGGAAAAGAGUGUGGAAGAAGAUUAUGUGACCAAUGUUCGAAAUAACUGCUGGAAAGAAAGACAACAAAAAACAGACAUGCAGUAUGCUGCGAAAGUAUACCGUGAUGAUCGACUCCGGAGGAAGGCAGAGGCCCUGAGCAUGGACAACUGUAAAGAACUGGAACGACUGACCAGUCUGUACAAAGGAGGCUGAGCAGGCUUGCGUCUGGACCUGUGAGCACACCCCGAUCUCCUCUGUAAAUUUAGUGUCAUCAAGAGAGCUGAAGAAAAGAUGUGAUAGGAAAAACUAAACCGAAUGGUUGGCUUCUGAAAUCUCGGACUGUUUCUAACCUCCUGGUUCCUUUAAAAUAGUAAGAACUGCAAACUAAAUCUAACGUUUUAGUUGUGCUUCUGCAGUGACUUUCGUUUGAAAAGCUUCUAUGAUUCCUAACUAAAGAUGUCUUGAGAAGGGAUUGUCAUACCUGUAGCGAUUUCCACUUUUAGUGAUUCUCCGUUGGUUCCUCAUCCUGUAAAUAUAUAUAUGGAAUGAGCAUUUUGUGUACAUAGAGAUUGUUGCCUUUUGUUUAAGUUAUUUUAGCGGUUAGCUCCAUGAGACACUCCUUUUAAAGCAAUGGAAUAAAUGUUGUGUUCACAAUUAUGUUUUCCCUGUCAGGUGUCAAGUAUGUGGAGUCGAAACAGUGAAACUUUUCAAAUGGAAAAAUAAAACCCAAGUCUCUGUAAACUCUUACAGCAUUAUCAGUUUAGAAGGAAUCAAUAUUUUUAAUAUUGCCAUUAUAUUUCAAAAUAUGUACUGAGAUAAAUGAAUUGGUGUAGACUAUCAGUUUAUUUAGUUUAUUGAAUUGCUAAGCCAUAUGUAGAAAUGAAAUGCUACACUGAUAAAUUUUAAAGAAAAUAUGAGAAAAUGGCUAUAAAUAUUAAAUUAAGAGGGUCUUCAAUAGAAAAUUAUAGUUAUGCUUUUGCAUUAAAAAAAGGCCGCAGUGUUCAUUUAUGUCUUGGAAGGCUGCUAACAUCUAUGAAGAAGACACCUAAUUUUCUGCCCAUAGAAACUUGCAUUUUCCUAGUGAUCAUUUAAACAGGAUCCAAAGGUUAGAUAGAUUCUUCUACAAACAAUAAGAAAAAUUACUACUCAAAUACAGCUUUGUGCCUUUUAACCCUACUGCCAACUCCUAAAUGGUUACCAUUCAUUUAUUGACCAGGAUCUGUUUGGCCACAUGCAACAAGUGAGCAGAAAUAGAACCGCAGGUAGAGUAGUAAAUUAGAUAGCAGAUAGCAAGUCAUCCGUUAAAAAUCCUAAGCUACAAUCGACUCAUUGUUGAGUAACUCAAUUAAUCCUUUAGGAAUACACUCCUUAUUAUUGAAUCCAUCAUGUAAAUUAGACAAACAGCAGUUGGUAAUUGAAGUUUUUGGUGCCUAUCUAUUGAGUAUGGAACUAUUUGAUUUCUAGUCUUCUUUUUUUUUUUAAUCGGUACCGGGGAUCGAACUCACAACCGCCUGCUUGCAAGGCAGGUGCUUAUGCCACUGAGCUAAAUCCCCAGCCCCAUGAUUUCUAGUCUUCUGUGCUAGUAAUAUUUUAAUGAUUUUGCUUCCUACUCAGUGGAACAUGAACAUAUUUUUGGCCGUCUUUCUGUGAGCAAGGUGGAGUGGUUUCGUUACUUUUGUUUAAAGAUUUUUUUGGAGGAUGCAGUUGACUUAGACUCUUGUCAAAUAAAAACUGCUAAAAUGAUAUUCCCCUAAAAAUGUUUUCUUGUAUCCCUUUCCUAAGUAAAUCGGUAAAAAGCGUGAUUAAAUUUGAGGUUAAAGUAAAUAUAUUCUAAUAGGAAAUCCUAGUAACUUAACCAAUUUCUUUCAGAAAUGUGACCUUUAAAAGAAAAGUAAUGCUUAAAGUAAAAUUUUAAAUAUUUUUUGAGCCUGUCGAGGGUUUUUAAAAAUGACAUAGCAUUUUAAUUAUGAAAAUUCAUAUAUAUCUAAAAAUUCAAAAAAAUUCAUGUUUAUUUUUCCAAUUUUAAUGGAAAAUUUUCAUUAUUAUGGUUAAUUCUUAUAUGACCUAAACCUUGUUGACUGAUUCCUUUUUCCUUUAAAUCUUUGCUUUAAAGGGAUGGGUGAAAUUCUCAAAUGAAAUGAAGUUCUAUGUUAUAAAGCCACAAAUGGCUUUUGGACAGUAUUAUAGUUCAGGUCUAUUAUUGCAUUCCAUUACAUUUCAUAACUUGUCAGGAACAUGUGUUUGAUAAAAUUUUCAAACAACUAUGAAAAAGGGUUGGUUUGAGUAACUGAUAAUUUGAGGCACAUAUAACAUGUGAGGUAAAAAUUGAGUUAUUAAUGUAAAGGCAGUGAGUAUCUUGUAACUUUAGGUCAUGCGUACACAGUAGGAAGACUUAACUAUUUUAGAUGUAAGAUUUUCAUGUUUGUUACUCCUUUAUGAUUAAAAAUUCUAGGGUUUUGCCAUCUUACAUUUUAGCUACAUGGGCUUCACAAUUUUACUUGAUUACUUUAGUUCCUACGUAAAAGGCAUUGACUUUAACUAGUUUCUCUAACUGGUAUUUUGGAAAUUUGAUAGUUGUAUUUAUUCAUGCUUUAUGUAUUUUAUCUCUUUUUAUGUUCACAUACAGACACAAUUGUUCUUGUGAAGGUUUGAGAGAAAGGAAAUAGUACCCUGUUCCUUUUCUGUUGAUUUUCUUAGUUUCCAAAUGACUGGUGCUAGUGCUUUAAUCAUCUGUAAGCCUUGGAACUUAUUUUGAUCAAUAAAUAAGUUGAAUUCUUGACAAUGAGAAAUUUUAAGUUAUCCAUCUAAUUAAGUAAAAAUAAUAUAUUUUGGGAACAGAUUGUCUUUGGAUGCUAGUUUCAUGAUCACUGCAUGUAUGUUUACAGUUUACAAAGACUUGAUAGAAAGAGAUCAAGUCCUGGAAGCAUCUCCAUGCUUUACAGUGCUCUGUUAUGUAUAAGCUCAGGUGUCAAUGGGAACAGAAACGUGGAUUACUAACCCUUCAGUUUAACUGCACUUGUAUGCUUCAUUUUCUUUUGAGAAAUCUUGUUUUCCUCUAGAUGUAAAAUGAAAUUAGUUGAUGUCCCUUCCAUUGGAUCUGUAAUGUUUUUAAAUUCAGCUAUUUAAUACCAGUGACAUGCAAAUGUUACUUAAUGUAUUUCUGCAUAUUUUACUUUUUAAAAUCUGCCUUGUUAAGACAGUGGAAUACUUCUUGAUGAAUGUAAGGACCAAAGGAGCCAUUUUUCUGGUUAAGUAAGUGUUAUGGCAAAGGACCAAAUGUUUAAGAGUGCAUUUAUUUAUGCUGUCCUUGAUGGGUUCAUCUUCAUACUGAGUGAAGCAAACUAGAAGAGAAUUUAAUUCAUCACUUUUUUUCUCAUUUCCAAAUAGAAAAAAAUUAUAAAAAUGAAAAAUCAAUUUGAAUUUUACUCUUUACUAAGUCCAUGAAAACCCUUGUCUAUUGGACAUGUUAGACUACUGCCUAGUUAAAAUGCCUAACAUUCUGUAAAAACCAGUGAAAAAGAAAGGAAUACUUUAAUAAUUUGAAAUUUUCCCUAUGUUCUGAUUUACAGUUACAAAGAAAAAGUGGAUAGAAUGUGGCUAUCCAGAGAAUUCUUGCACUCCCCCUUCAGUCUGGCAGGCAACACAGUCCUAGAAUUCAGGCUUCAUUUUGGGUUUCAUUACUAUUAAAUAAAUACUUUCAUAUAAAUGGUAAUUUUUUCCUCAAAACAUUAAUUUAAAACAUAUUCCUUAUAUUAAGGAUUAUGUAAUAAAAUUUUUGUAAAUUCCCUAUAACAUUUUCCUGUUGGUAUAUGAUCCUUUUCAUUUAAUUUGAUUAUCUGCUGGUGUUGGGGCCAAUAGAUUUGUAAUAUUCUGUGAUGUGUACAAGUGUAAGUGUACAUAUGCAUUUUUUCCAGCUAAUACCUCAGAUGUGUGAUUAUUUAAUAUGUAACACUAUAUUUGCACAGAGCAGGGCUUCUAUUAGCAAUGGGUAUUCUUAUCCAAAUUUGAAAAUCAGUCCACAGGAUUUCAUUGGUGUGAAUUUUUUCUGUUGAUCCUCAUGUUUUAAUAUAGAUUCCUAUUUUAAGGCCCAUACUUCAAAAAUAACUUGUCUUUUUUUAAGUCUAGUAACCUGGAACUACAUAAGGGUAAGAAGUGUUUCUUGGAGUGUCUUAAUUCAUAAAUGACUAAGAAUUUGAUGACUGCCAUGGAGAUAGCUAAUUCAUGCAGAACAGAUCCGCUGGCAGGAGGGGGGUGAGUCUUGUCCCUGUCUACUCUGGUUGAGCCUGCCACUCAUGCGCACUCUGCUAACAGUGACACUGGGGUGCUCUGGCCAUCACUUUUGAGAGGAUUUUUUUUUACCUAGAUGACUAUAUUGCUUAGGAGAAAAAAAUUGAUAUUUUAUUAUUUGCAUUAAGAAAUGCUUCUUGCCUUUUUCUUUUUGGUUUUUAAAUUGCUUUGAAAGAUUGUCCAUUGAAAGUUUUUUAGUUUACUAUGUAUUUUUAAAAGCUACAGGAAAUCUUCAAGGCACAAUGGAAUUUUAAUGGAAGCCUUGUAUAAGCUAACUGAAAUGAAACAUAAAGGAGAUCUUACUUCGUCUAUAGUGCACUCAAGAUUAUAUAAUUAGGUUUAAAAAUGAAAUGUCUGAUUUGUAAACUAAUGUUAUAUCAGAGUUAUAUAAAAUAAAAUUUCCUGUGUGAGAACUCCUAAAGAAAAUGCAUUUGAUUUUUAAUGAAUGUUCUACUGAACGAUUUAUGAUGAAUUUUUGUCUUUAAGUCUGUACUUUAUCUCAAUAUCUUAAUAAAAAGGUUUGUUCUCACUGUAAAA